CAAUUUUAACAUUUAUUCAAUUAUAACCCUUCUCUUAAUAAUACUUAUAUUCUAUAUCCACAUAUCAAAUAUCUUGUAAUUAAUUAAAUAAGUCAAUAAAAAUUUAACAGUAUGGCUGAAGAGCAUAAAUGGAAGUUUGCCCAGUGUUUCGGUGACAAAGGCGAUUCAGACGAUAUAACUGAUGCUGAUAUAAUAUCUGCAGUCGAAUUUGAUCAUACGGGCGACUAUCUUGCAACAGGUGAUAAAGGUGGACGCGUUGUCUUGUUUGAAAGAAAUGGGAGUAAAAAGAACUGUGAAUAUCAAUUUUAUACCGAAUUUCAGUCUCAUGAGGCAGAAUUUGAUUACUUGAAAAGUUUGGAAAUUGAAGAGAAGAUCAACAAGAUAAAGUGGUGCAAAAGACAAAACUCUGCUCAUUUCUUAUUAUCUACGAAUGACAAAACCAUCAAGCUGUGGAAAGUAUUUGACAAGUCAUUGAGAUUGGUAUCUGAAAAUAAUAUGAUACCACCAAAUAGCCAAACCACCUACAAUACGCUACAAUUACCGAAACUAAUCCAUCACGAUACCAUGGUUGCAGCCGUUCCAAGAAAAGUCUAUCCCAAUGCCCAUACUUACCAUAUCAAUUCUAUAUCAACUAAUUCUGACGGUGAGACAUACCUCUCAGCCGAUGAUUUAAGGAUUAAUUUGUGGAAUUUGGAUAUUUCUAAUCAAAGCUUUAAUAUUGUCGAUAUCAAACCAGCUAAUAUGGAAGAAUUGACUGAAGUCAUUACAGCAGCAGCAUUCCAUCCCCAACAUUGUAAUUUAUUCAUGUACAGUUCAAGCAAAGGUACUAUUAAAUUAAGUGAUAUGAGAGAAUCUGCUCUAUGCGAUCAGUAUUCGAAAGUAUUCGAAGAAACAGAGGACCCAGCACAUCGUACUUUUUUCUCGGAGAUCAUUUCUUCUGUAUCAGAUAUAAGUUUCAGCCAUGAUGGCCGAUACAUUCUCUCUCGUGAUUACUUAACAUUAAAAAUCUGGGAUGUUAAUAUGGAUACUGAACCUGUUCAAACUAUCAAUAUCCAUGAUCAAUUAAGAGCAAGACUAUGUGACUUAUAUGAAAAUGACUGUAUAUUUGAUAAGUUUGAAUGUACAUUUAGUGGUGAUGAUAGUCACGUCAUGACAGGCUCUUACAGUAACAAUUUUCACAUUUAUGAUCGUGAAGGAAAGACAGAUAUUACGUUGCAAGCGGACAAAAGUGCUUUCCGAUCAAAACGUUUAGGUUCAGCAAAGAAUAAAAUGACUAUGACAAAAAACAGCAAUAAUACAUCAGCCUAUUCUUCAACUACUGGGCCAGAGUCCAACAAUAUGGACUUUAGUAAAAAGAUCUUACACUCUUCAUGGCAUCCUAAAGAAAAUACAAUUGCUAUUGCUGCAACUAAUAAUCUUUUUAUUUUCAGGUAUGACUAA